GUCGUCUGGACCCCUCAGGUGCUCUCAAAUGGCGUCCAGUUCUCCCGCAUCAGUCCAGCUGGUGAGGAAGGCUACCCUGGAGAGUUAAAAGUCUGGGUGACAUACACCCUGGAUGGUGGGGAGCUCGUGGUCAACUUUAGAGCACAAGCCAGUCAGACCACACCAGUCAGUCUGACCAACCAUGCUUACUUCAACCUGGCCGGCCAGGGGUCCCCAAAUAUAUAUGACCAUGAAGUCACCAUAGAAGCUGAUGCUUACUUGCCUUUGAAUGAAACCAUGCUUCCUACAGGAGAUGUUGCUCCAGUGCAAGGAACUGCAUUCGACCUAAGAAAGCCAGUGCAGCUUGGAAAACACCUGCGAGAGUUCCGCCUCGGUGGUUUUGACCAUAAUUUCUGUCUGAAGAACUCUAAAGAAAAGCAUUUCUGUGCAAGGGUGUAUCAUGCUGGAAGCGGGAGGGUACUAGAAGUAUACACCACCCAGCCUGGUGUCCAGUUUUACACGGGCAACUUCCUGAAUGGCACGCUGAAGGGCAAGAGUGGAGCCAUCUAUCCUAAGCACUCUGGCUUCUGCCUUGAGACCCAGAAUUGGCCUGAUGCAAUCAACCAGCCCCACUUCCCUCCUGUGCUGCUGAGUCCUGGGGAGAAGUACAACCAUACCACCUGGUUCAAGUUCUCUGUGGCUUGAGGAAGUGUGAAGAUACAUCCUAGUCCAUGGCCAGGCCUGGGCCCCCUCAGCAGCCUGUCUCCUGUCCAGAAACAAGGUGAAGAUUUAGAGGAUUUAAAAGUGAUCAUGUGCUAAAUCAUACAAAUGGUAGCUGUCACAAUAAUUGGUCUGAAUAUUGAUUUCUUUUUCCAGUGACUGGCUCUGGACCAUGUCUAAUGACAAGCUUUGUUCUCUGAGCAGUUCAAAGGGCAAGUGAACCCAACCAUCAAUGUCAUCAUCUAAGGCCUGAACUUAGCCCAGAAGUGGUGUCCAGGGACUCUUAUACACUGUUGUAGGUUCCAUCUCUCAUCUUUGUUUCUGUGAUGUUGCUCUCAUUGCUUUUCUGUCUCCUCCUCCUCCUUUACAUCAAAUCGCUUUACUCUUGGGUAGCACUCUGCAGUUUUCCAAGGUCAUAUGAGCUGGUUCACCAUGCCAGCAGAUGGAGCCUCUGUAGCAGGUAAUUGACAAGUGAGGGAGCUGAGGCGCAGAGGUUGAGUGACCCACCGCAAGCUGGUAAAAAGUUUAAGUAGGACUUGAGUUUAGGUCAUGCAAAUUAAAGUCCCCUUCUUUACCUAUCCCAGUCUGCCAGAGCAUUCCAGGAGUCAAUGAAGCGUUAAAAAGGGAUCUGGUCCCUGCUCUGUUAGGAGCCAGCCUUUCUUCUCAGAUUCCCUUUUGUAAGAAGCCAUUCAAAUACCCAUAAAGAAUCCAUCAUUUAGAUUCCCUGCCUUUGGAGUUAACAUUUAUACUGGAAGCAGUGUUGUGUUUAUGGAGAUGAGGCUGGAGAUUCUUUUCCUUAAUAAUCAAAUCAUUAAUGACGGGUGUGGGCUGGUGCUUUUUAAAGAAAUAUAUUUUAUACUAUUUUUUACUAUAAUCAGUUGAAAUAAAGUCAUCCCCAGAAGA